AUGGGUUGGUUAUCGUUUGGCUCUCAGAAAACAGAAGUUCCACCACCAACUCCUCCAUUGGCUGCACCAAAUAUAGAGCAGCGGUCUCAUCAGCAAAUUCCUCAUCCAAAUGCAAGACAACCAAUCAAUGACUCUUCUGACAUUGAAACGACCUUGAACCAGUUGAGCUCAGAUUCGCAAUCUCAUGAAAUCAAACUCAAGCAUAUAAACGAUGCAAAAACAUUUAAAGAUGCAGACUCGACAGUUGGCAACUUUAUUCACAACUAUCCGCCAACCAAUAUGUUUGUUAUAGAUGGGGAAAAGGAUACCAAAGAAAGUAUCAUAUGCACGUCGAAUAGAGACGGUGGCAAAACGUGUCUCAAGUUGCAAAUAAACUCGAUUGAAUUGUUCAAGAUUAUGCAAAAGCACGAAUACUUUUGUUCCUUGCCCAACGACAUCAAUGCUACAUAUUUCGAAUGUCGAAAGAUCAAAUAA